ACCGCAGGCUAGUUACUAUUCCAAGCUGCUGUUUCAGCAGUUGCAUGUGGUGUGUGCGUUAUGUCUGUUUUAUCGCAGCAUGAUGACGUAGAAGAUUUCCUUUUCGAAGCAUAUAUUGACAGUGUCAAACAUAUUUUAACUCUUCUAAAAGCUGUGAAUUUUAAAGAUAAUGCUACCUGUUUUGCGACCAACAAGGGCCUGAAAGUAACGGUAGAAGAUUCAAAAUGUGUGCAAGCCAGUUCAUUUAUUCAAAGAGAAAUGUUUCAGCAUUACAAAUUGAAUGAUGUGCAGGUGACAUUCAAAGUAAAUAUUUCCAUUCUAGUAGAAUGCCUCAACAUAUUUGGAGGAUCAGCUACAGCACUUAAGGUGUGUUACCAAGGAUAUGGCUUCCCCCUUAGAAUGUUAUUAGAAGAAGGUGGAGUCAUUACAGACUGCAGUAUUAAGACAUCAGAAUCAGAAGAGAUACUUGAUUUUAACUUCUCUGCAGCCAAUGUUCUUAACAAAAUUAUUCUUCGAUCUGAAUGUCUUAAAGAAGUGUUUGCAGAGCUAGACUCUUCCAGUGAUCUAAUAGAAAUCUUACUUUCACCUGAUCCACCUUACUUUCGAAUCACUACUGCCGGAACUGCUGGAGAUACCAAGAUUGAUAUUCCUAAGAAUAGUGGCAUGAUUGAGACAUUCCAGUGUACGACACUUGCAACCUCCAGGUACAGGUUGUCUCAUGUUAAACCAUCUGCUAAAUCCCUUGCAGUAUCUCAGAAAGUGUCAAUCCGAACUGAUGACAGGGGCCUCCUUUGUUUCCAAUACAUGAUUCCUGCAGACAAUCAUACAUGUUUUAUUGAAUAUUGUUGUACUCCAAUAGCAGACAUUGAUGAUUACGAUGAAUGAUCGACACUGGAAUUUCUCGUAGAACACUGGAAAUUACAUCAACCUGAUAUAAUGUUAGUUCAUAAAAUGUAUCUAUUUUUAUAUCUUACACAAAUUAAUUUGAAUGCAGUAUAAUUAUCUGAAUACAUUUUGGGGUGGGGUGUGUAUAUAUCUUAUGUUGAGUUUUCGUGCCUCUCUUAAUUUAUUUAUUGAAGUCUUACUCUGUUUAUAAGAACUUGGUGAUGACAGAGACUAUGACAGUUAUUUGUAAAAAAAAUCAAACACACAGUGAACAUCAUUCUUGUUCCAUCAUCUUUUGUUUAUAAUAUGAAUUAAAUUUAAGGAAUUUAUUAUGAUUAACAGUUACAAAUCUUUAGUAUUAAUAAUGAACUCAACAACCACAUCUUGUGUGCUAUUUCUUAUUUAAAUAUCCAAACAGUUUGUUUUUGUAGCUUUUCCAACCAAGUAUUUUGACUGUCAAAUUGAUAUUAGUUUUGUGGUAUUGGUUUUUCUUUUGGCACCACAGUAUUUUAUUUACUUAUUGAUGGCCUCAUAGCAAAAUAUAGAGCAUGACAAAAAUAUGUUAAGUUUUGUUCUAAUGUUAAAUGAUGACAUGAUACAGUGCAUCAGUGGCUUCUGUUUGCUUAACAUUUGUUUAUGAUUUUUCCUUUUUUAAUUUUAAUAUACUCAUUUACUGUUGUUUAUACACCAUACUGUCCUUGUCAGAGGUGGGGAAAGAAAGUCUGUUAUGGUGAGAAUAUUCUAGAACAGAUGGGGUAUUACUUUUUUAAGUCCUUGAAUAACACUGUAUACAAGCAUUAUAAGAAUCCAUGCCUGUUUCUAUUUGGGAAGCCACUUCCAUAUAUAAAUAGUUGUGUGAGAAAACAAAGAGAAAUAAUACAUUGUACAACUUACAUUUUCAACAAACAAUUAGUCACAUUUACAUUUUAACAUUUAUCUAGCAAGACCCCAGUAAUUGUGGCCUGAGAUCAUAACUGCUUUAACACUGUUUUGCUCAAUAUAACUAACAUCAGUAGUUGAUGGUGGUGCAGGUGGUGGAAUUGGGUCCAGCUCACUUCUCUUUCAUCUCUAAAUCUCCCAUCAUUGUCUCUACCACCACUGCCACUCUUCUGUAGUCAGCCAUAUCUGUCAUGCAGUAUGACAGAAUCCUGAAAAGAAAAAAAUAUAUAUUUAACAAAAUUUUUACUACUCUCUAAAUGUAUUAUCACCAAAUUACAUAAGGUAUGUUGUACAUAACUACACACUGUACUGUUCAUAUAUUGUAUGAGAAUGUACACAUAAAAAUAGUAAAGUAAUAAAUGCAGAGUGUUUGUUGACUGUGAA